UGGAUGGGUAGCAGAGUCAGCAUCCUCGCACCAAUUGCCAUGAGCGAAACACAUAGUUCUUGCUUUGGGUGCUUUGGCUUGGCGAUCCUGGCUUGGCUCGCCCUAGGCUACAGCCAUUCCUUUGCUGCAGUGGUGCUUCUUCUGCUUUUCUAUUACGCUUUCGUCCCAGGGUUCGGCCACAAAGGUCCUGUGCAGACAAAGUCUCAGCAUCAGCACACCACCGCGGUCCAACCUCAGGGAUAUCAGGAUCCAUUGCGAUGGACAUUCCUCCCCUCCAACGGCGUACAGCGGGCAAACACUUUGGAGCCCAGCACAUAUGAAAACGACCUAUGCGUGCUCAAGUGUUUGGCCAUGCACCGGCCUACACAUGAACCAUGGCGAGAGGCGGCUGGGAACUAUCCCUAUGCGUGGCAUCUCCAUGGGCGCAAGAGAUUGUGGGAGAUCCGCGUGCAGAUGCGCUUGAAGGAGGUGCCCAAGAGCAAACUCUACUUUGGGAUUGAACUCGCAGAUUGUGAGGCUGCCUCGGCCACCGCACGGCAGAUGAAGGCCGUUCUCAUCAGAGCCGUCCAAGGCGUGAUUGGCGACUUCUACUACUCAGAUGGGGAAGAUCCCUCAGAGGUGAUGCCAGGUGAAGAGGUGGAACCCUCCACUUUCGUGAUGCCACUCUGGGCAUUCGACCAGUUCGUGGUCUCUGAGGCUGGAGAGGAGCCUGAAAUCACUGGGGACUUGACCAAUGUGGGCAUGCUUCGGAAAGACGGCCUCAAGGCCUAUGCAAAGGAGUUGCAGAAGUGUAUCAAUGAGUUCUCCAAGGACAAGGUUUAUACCUUCUGCAUCUGGGGCAUUUCCCAAUUCCUGGAUUGCAUCCGCUGGGAAGUGGGCGGAAUCUUUCCUGGUAUGACGGCCAACUUUUCGCGCUUUGGGUUGAAGGUGAUCAACAUUGCAAUCUAUGAGAUGCCUGGAGAACACCCAGAUGCCAGGCACUUGAGGUCGCGAAAGAGAUACUUUCUGAACGUGGCAAUGUGGAGCAUUUUGCAUUCUCCAGAGAAGAGACUGCUCGAUGAGUUUCUGGGUCCCGAUGAGAUUGAGGAGACCAAGCCGCAGAGCCCGAGAGCCAUGGACGUGUUCGCUUGCUGCUCAGGCCUGUCGAGGGUACGCCUGUGAGCGGGGCUUUUCCAGCUGGCCGAACGGCCAAGCAGCGGUUUUCAGCCCACUAAUUUUCGUGGAACUCUGCAUGCGUUGAGCCAAGCAAAAGGCUUGGGUGGGGUUGCGUCUUGGAAGCAUGGGAUGAAAUGAAGUUGUGGG